GACUGGAAGCUUGAAUCGGCCAAGGUCUGCGAAUUAGAGGGCAAAAUCUCAGAGCUGAAGUCGGAGGCUGGGCAGAAAGACGAUGCGUCUUCAGGGGAAGGCUUGCAGGAGCGCGCUGUAGAGGCAAGACUCCUUUUGCUGGCUUUUCUUGGCAGUGAGAACGUCCUCUUCCUGGGUCCUCCGGGCACCGCGAAGAGCCUCCUGGCUCGGCGCAUGGCGCGCGUUUGUGGUGGCCAGUACUUUGAGCGUCUCCUGACACGCUUCUCCGUACCUGAGGAAGUCUUUGGACCGUUGUCCUUGAAAGCCUUGGAGAAUGACAAGCUGAAGCGCAACGUGGAAGGCUUUCUGCCCGAUGCGGAUGUGGCCUUUCUCGACGAGGUGUUCAAGGCGAACUCUGCGAUCUUGAACUGCCUGCUGACUUUGUUGAAUGAGCGGGUGUUCGAUAAUGGUGACACGCGAAUCGAGGUGCCACUGAAGUGUGUUGUUGCGGCCUCCAAUGAGCUGUUCGAGGGAGAUGAGCUGGCAGCUCUGCACGACCGCUUCCUCCUGAGACACCUGGUCUCUCCUAUGACGCGUGGAGCAGCAGCUGCCUUCCUCCAGGACUUACUGGCAGGCCCUUCAGUGCCCAACGAGCCUUUUGACCUCGACACCGACAGCGAGGAAGCAAUCCUCACCGAGGAGCAUAUCAAAAUUGCCCAAAGACUGGCCAGUGAAGUUGCUUUUCCGGAUGACUUGCAGGAGAUUAUGAUCGACCUUCGGGAUUUCAUGGCCGAGAACGACUGUGUGAUCUCGGAUCGCAGGCUGGCAAAGGCCGCUCUGCUCAUCCGUCUUGCAGCCUGCACUGCCGGUGCUACGACAGUGUCGGAGUCGGAUCUCAUGCUGCUGCAGUAUAUGUUCUGGGAGAAGGACAAAGACCAGAUCGAUGCCAUCAAGCGCUUUUUGCUGGAGCGCAUGAAGGGCCGGCGUACUGCAGGCUCCAGUGCGACCGAUCUCGAUGCCAUGACGCACAUGUUGACCAUGGUCAAAUUCAAGAUGGGCCCUGCCAUGCGCAUGCCUCAGAGCCCGCAGUUUGCCCAAGCCGGGCAGGCAGCAACAACCUUGGUACAGGCCACGAUUGACUGCUACCGCUCCGAGACACAGUCUCAGCGGCGGAGAAGUCUCGAGUCUGACGCUUCCGGCAGCAAUGCAGCGAAGGACUUUCGUAACUUCUGGGUGGACGAGGGAGAUUCGCUGUCGGUUGAGGGUGAAGAUAGCAAGCCCAUGGACCUGAAUGCAUUGGAGGCUCUCUUGCAGUCCGCUUGGGAGCUCGACCUUGCCUUGCAGUUGUCGGAGGAGAGAAGGAAAGCCUCCUUGGCCAUCCUAAUCGGAGGGCCGGAGGUGGUCAUGGCGAAGUGA